AUGAAAGUGAAAGAUUUUGGCAGCAAAAGUCCAAGCAACCGAUCAUAUGUGAGCGAGGGCGACAGAGGAGGUCGCUUCCUAUUGAGUGAAAAAUUCAACAGCAUUAAAAGUCCAAAUCUGAUGAAACAAGUGAUCAAGGAGGAGCUAAGGGAGGAGGUGCCUGCAGAGGAUGCCCCACCCCUCACGCCACUGCUGACCAAUCAGGUGCAGUCGCAGCAGGAGCAGACGGUGGUGAGGGAACUGGCCAAAAUCAUCCGCAUCAUCGGGGACAACGUGAAGGACAACCGGCUGCUGGAGGAUUCCAUAGACGGGCUGCGGCGGGCCCCGGGCUCUAAGUUGGACCUCUUCAUACAGGUGUCAGACAAAGUGUUCACACAGGGCAUCACGUGGGAGAGGAUUGCCGUGCUCUUCUACGUGGCCGGACGGCUCGCGGUCAAGCUGGUGGAGGCACACCUCCCUCAGUCGGUGCGGGAGGUGGUGCAGUGGACUGUGGACUUCUUCAGGACCAACCUGCUGGGCUGGAUCCGGGACCAUGGAGGAUGGAUCAGCAGUUUCUCAGAGUUGGCGGCUGCCUCCAUGCACACAGUGAGUGGGUUCCAGAUCUACGGCGUCCUGCUCGUCUUUGUGGCAGGACUGGCCCUCGGCAGUUUGGUCACACUCCGACUCAUGCAUCACCAGUGA